ACAAGGCCACCACCCCAAAUCGAAGAACAAACACUGACCAUGACGAGAAGCGAGAUGCAGAGGAUGAUUACCGAAGCUGUAGCAGCCCAAAUCAAACAGACUCGAAUCGAGCAGCCUAGGAUCGAACAAGCUAGGGUCGAGCAGCCCCAAAAUGAACAACAACCCCCAGAACGCGAACAGCAGGCGCAGUCGCAUAAAAGGCAGAACAGAAGGGCAGAUGAAGAGGAAUCCUCUGUCAGGACUGUCAAUCCAGAGGCGAGAAACGACACCCUGGAGCAAUUGUUGGCGCAGGUGCGAGAUUUGCAGGCUCGAGUAGAGGGGAGAAAAAUAGGAAGCUCGAGGGGACACCCUUUUUCACAGCAUAUUCUAGAUGCCGACCUGCCUCAGAG